UGUAAAGAAGUCACGUGGUUUAUCUCCGUGUUUCUGCUUCUAAAAGUGAAAGUGAAAGUUCUUUCUCUUGCUCUCUUUCAGCAAUCACCGUGUUUCAGGCAGCAGCAGCAGCAACGCAGCAAAGUGACCAUGUGGGAUUUCCUGAUGAGGCGUUUGAGGGGUCUAAGAGGGACUCUUAUGCAGGCAGGAACAAAGUUGUUUUUCAGUUUACAAGUUAAGAUCCGCGUGGUCAUUUCUGGUCAAACCUUUGGAGCUCAUCACGAGCUGCUGGACCAGCUGGAGAGGAAGCUAAAGCUGGUUCAUACGGACCGGGACAGAAACAGCAUCACCAUACUUUUCUGUCCAAUCACCUCUCGAGUCGGGUCUGAUGUGGAAGCAGCCAUGAGCUCGCUGUCAGGAGAUCAAAAGGUGAUUCUGGUCCUGAUGCACCACACCAGAGAUCCCAGCUACUCCACGGCCGGGACGGACUGGGCAGACGUCUAUCCCAACGUCGUCUCCAGCGUUCAUGUUUUCUUCCAUGAGAGCGUGCCGGGAUUACUGACAUGUUUUCAAAACAACAUGGCGGUGGACCAGAUGCUGAGAGUGUUGAGUUCUUACAGUAUUACUAUUGGUAAAAGUAAUACUGUAAUAAGAAGUCCGAUGUUUUGGGGGGGAGUCGCAAUAACCUGUGUAGUACUUCUCUUAUUCUAUUAUAAGAGAAGCGCUCCUUUGCCCCCAAGCACAGAAAAACCUCCAGUAUGAACUCAGGUUCAGGUCAGUUCAUCCCUGCACCAAUUUGCACCCCAAUUACAAUUUCCUCCUUUAAUCCUAAGUGUUGAAUAAAGUACAUGAGCAAACCAACUUCAACCCACAUGCUUAAAACAUGGGGCAUCAGUUUAGUUUUUGUUGUCGUUAGCUGUUUUUCAUGGGGUACAUUUCCAUAAAAGUCACUUGCAUGUUUGGUUUAAUUCAAAUGCAUAUUAUCUGAAAAUCAUGUAUUAUUCUUUACGUUGACUCACUUUGGUUCUGAGUUCCAUUUGGGCCAAUUUAAUUACAAAAUAUGGCAGAUUCUGACCUCUAACCCUUGUCACUGAAAAAGCCUGGGUGAACAUCUGGUAGAUCUGAUUUGUUGGAGUCGUUUGACCAUUUUUUGUUUCAGCAGAUCAUAGAUCAUACAUCCUAGAUGUGCAGCACAAACUAGCCAUUACAGAAAACAAUGACCCUUGUCAAUGCCAUUCAUAAAGUCAGACAAGAGAUCACAAGCUGUGUGAACUUGAACUUGAAACUUACAGCACUCAGUGCUCUAAACCAAAAUUGUUAUGCACCAUCCUCAAUAAGUCACUUUCUGUUGACCAUAUUUCUUAAAUCAGACAGUGUAGGAUCAUCUGGUGUCAUUUCACGACGUCACACUUGUUUCACAAAAGUUCAUAUUAACCCCGUUCUCCCUCGUGGUGGUUAGGGGUUCGUCUCUACAUCUGUAAAUCGGGUGUAAAUAUUAGUAGGUUAAGAUUCUGGAUCAGAACUGUUGAGUUGAUCUUAAGGCCUAAUAAACAUGUCAGUAGCGGAAGAAACAUGAUCUGAAAGGGAUUUAUGGGUUUAUAUAGAAAACUACUUUAAAUUGCAGAUUGUCAACGUUAGUUUGAAAAGUCUACUGGGAGAUAAGAAUCAGCAGAUUGUCGGUAUCAAAUCUACAGCAGGAAGCAACACUGUUUUCUAAAGUUGUGUAUGAAAUGAACUGCUAAUGGUGCAGAAGUGAAAUGAUCAAACUCUAAUACAAAGCUUGAUGCUAAAUGUUGCAGCAAUAGCAGCCGUCUAUAAAAAUGAAUAUAAUUCAAGUAUUUGCUGCAUAUUAUGAUUUAACUGUUCGUCGUUUCUAACUCUUAUUUUCUUGAUUAUUUUUUGCUGUAGUAUAGAUGAAUGUGUACAUACAGUAUUUGUUUGUUUGGGGAAAAAAGCAUCAUAUGUAACAAACCGCAUAAAAAGGUAACAACAGCUUGUGUCUGGGCUUCUUGCUGAACAGGUUGGUUUUGAAGAAUCGACUUUUCUUCAGUCGGAAAGGAUUAGAAAAUAUGAACAGAAAAUCCUGCAACAUGAGCAAAUUUCUUUUUAUUGAACUAGUGGAUCUCUGAUAAAUGUAUUUACUUGUGUGUUUAUUUUUUUCGACACAAAAUGUCAAAUUAUUCGAUUAAAGCUGCAGUAUGUAACUUUUGUAUGUUUAUUUUUGUUUUGUUUUUUAAUAUUUGUUUUCUGUCGCUAUGUCGUGAAAGUACCUGCUGCAGAUGUAAGAAUAUCAAAAUAAAAUUAAAAUGUUUAAACUAUUA